UACAUUGCAUGAAGCACUCUUCAUCUAGUGCCCAGAAAGAAGUGAGGAUGACUCCUGCUUUCCAAGUCUUACUAUGUCUCUGCCUGUUGGGGAUGAGCUAUGCAGCACCCCAAGCAAGAAAUGUACGCUGGUGUGUGACAUCAGAUGCUGAAGAAGAAAAGUGCAAUGAUCUGGUGAACUCGUGCCCUGUCAAGGAAAUUCUACUGAUAUGUGUGAAAAAAUCCAGCAUUGAGGACUGUAUGAGAGCUAUCAGUGCUGGAGAAGCAGAUGCUAUUUCUCUGGAUAGUGAAAAUAUUUACAAAGCUUCAUUAAAACCUUUUCAUUUGAAGCCCAUCAUGACCGAAACAUAUAUUUCCAAGAAAGAUAUCAAGUUAACUCAGGGCCCUUGUCAAAAAGAACAUCAGCAUCUACUUGAAGGCAGACAACACAAGUGUGAGGAAACAGAAAGUACCCCAUGCUUGAGGCAUCGCCAGAGAGUGCUCGGAGCAAAGAAACCCCAUAUAGGUGAAUUUAUGCCAGAAUGUGAUGAAAAGGGUAACUACUUUCCGAAGCAGUGUUAUGGUACCACUGGUUACUGUUGGUGUGUGGAUGAAAAUGGUGCUGAACGACACGUUGGAAGAGCCAAACAGGGCAAGGUUAACAUAUCGUGUGAAUAUACAGAAAGUCAAAAGCCCUGCAUGAAAGAACGCCGGAAAGUGCUCAGUGGAGGGCAACCUUUACCAGGGGCUUUUAUACCUGAUUGUGAUGAGGAGGGCAACUACAAUCCAAAGCAGUGUCAUGGCAGCACUGGUUAUUGUUGGUGUGUUGACGAAAAUGGUGCAGAGAUUUCUGGUUCCAGAAUGCCAACUGGACAAUCGGAUCCAACAUGUGGAACUUAUGCUGGAGCAACUUGUAUAAAAGACAGAUAUAAAGUGCUUGGUGCAGGGGAAGCUUUAAGAGGAGCGUUUGUACCUGAUUGUGAUGAAAAAGGAGACUACAGAUCAAAGCAGUGUCAUGGCAGCACCGGAUACUGUUGGUGUGUUUCCAAAUACGGUGUAGAGAUACAGGGUACAAGAACUGCACCUGGGCAGUCACCCACUACAUGUGAGAUUCCAGGAGGUGAAAAGCCCUGCAUGAAAGAACGCCGCAAAUCGCUCAGUGGAGGGCAACCUUUACCAGGGGCUUUUAUGCCUGAUUGUGAUGAAAAAGGAAACUACAGUCCAAAGCAGUGUCAUGGAAGCACCGGUUACUGUUGGUGUGUUAACGAAAAUGGUAAAGAGAUUUCUGGUUCAAGAACUCCACCUGGACAACAGGUUCCAACAUGUGUAGCUUCUGUCUUAUCAGCUGAAACAUCCUGCAUAAAAGAACGACAGAAAGUGCUUGGUGCAGUGAAACCAAUAUUAGGAGCGUUUGUACCGGAUUGUGAUGAAAAAGGAGAAUACAGACCAAAGCAGUGUCAUGGCAGCACCGGAUACUGUUGGUGUGUUUCCAAAGAUGGUAAAGAGAUACAGGGUACAAGAGCUGCACCUGGGCAGUCACCCCCUACAUGCCAGGACACAGGUGAGAAACUAGUCUUAUCAGCUGAAACAUCCUGCAUAAAAGAACGACAGAAAGUGCUUGGUGCAGUGAAACCAAUAUUAGGAGCGUUUGUACCGGAUUGUGAUGAAAAAGGAGAAUACAGACCAAAGCAGUGUCAUGGCAGCACCGGAUACUGUUGGUGUGUUUCCAAAGAUGGUAAAGAGAUACAGGGUACAAGAGCUGCACGUGGACAGUCACCCCCUACAUGCCAGGACACAGGUGAGAAACUAGUCUUAUCAGCUGAAACAUCCUGCAUAAAAGAACUACAGAAAGUGCUUGGUGCAGUGAAACCAAUGGUAGGAGCGUUUGUACCUGAUUGUGAUGAAAAAGGAGAAUACAGACCAAAGCAGUGUCAUGGCAGCACCGGAUACUGUUGGUGUGUUUCAAAAGAUGGUAAAGAGAUACAGGGUACAAGAGUUGCACCUGGACAGUCACCCCCUACAUGCCAGGACACAGUCUUAUCAGCUGAAACAUCCUGCAUAAAAGAACGACAGAAAGUGCUUGGUGCAGUGAAACCAAUAUUAGGAGCGUUUUUACCGGAUUGUGAUGAAAAAGGAGAAUACAGACCAAAGCAGUGUCAUGGCAGCACCGGAUACUGUUGGUGUGUUUCCAAAGAUGGUAAAGAGAUACAGGGUACAAGAGCUGCACCUGGGCAGUCACCCCCUACAUGCCAGGACACAGGUGAGAAACUAGUCUUAUCAGCUGAAACAUCCUGCAUAAAAGAACGACAGAAAGUGCUUGGUGCAGUGAAACCAAUAGUAGGAGCGUUUGUACCUGAUUGUGAUGAAAAAGGAGAAUACAGACCAAAGCAGUGUCAUGGCAGCACCGGACACUGUUGGUGUGUUUCCAAAGAUGGUAAAGAGAUACAAGGUACAAGAGUUGCACCUGGACAGUCACCCCCUACAUGCCAGGACACAGUCUUAUCAGCUGAAACAUCCUGCAUAAAAGAACGACAGAAAGUGCUUGGUGCAGUGAAACCAAUAUUAGGAGCGUUUUUACCGGAUUGUGAUGAAAAAGGAGAAUACAGACCAAAGCAGUGUCAUGGCAGCACCGGAUACUGUUGGUGUGUUUCCAAAGAUGGUAAAGAGAUACAGGGUACAAGAGCUGCACCUGGGCAGUCACCCCCUACAUGCCAGGACACAGUCUUAUCAGCUGAAACAUCCUGCAUAAAAGAACGACAGAAAGUGCUUGGUGCAGUGAAACCAAUAUUAGGAGCGUUUUUACCGGAUUGUGAUGAAAAAGGAGAAUACAGACCAAAGCAGUGUCAUGGCAGCACCGGAUACUGUUGGUGUGUUUCCAAAGAUGGUAAAGAGAUACAGGGUACAAGAGCUGCACCUGGGCAGUCACCCCCUACAUGCCAGGACACAGGUGAGAAACUAGUCUUAUCAGCUGAAACAUCCUGCAUAAAAGAACGACAGAAAGUGCUUGGUGCAGUGAAACCAAUAGUAGGAGCGUUUGUACCUGAUUGUGAUGAAAAAGGAGAAUACAGACCAAAGCAGUGUCAUGGCAGCACCGGACACUGUUGGUGUGUUUCCAAAGAUGGUAAAGAGAUACAAGGUACAAGAGUUGCACCUGGACAGUCACCCCCUACAUGCCAGGACACAGUCUUAUCAGCUGAAACAUCCUGCAUAAAAGAACGACAGAAAGUGCUUGGUGCAGUGAAACCAAUAUUAGGAGCGUUUUUACCGGAUUGUGAUGAAAAAGGAGAAUACAGACCAAAGCAGUGUCAUGGCAGCACCGGAUACUGUUGGUGUGUUUCCAAAGAUGGUAAAGAGAUACAGGGUACAAGAGCUGCACCUGGGCAGUCACCCCCUACAUGCCAGGACACAGGUGAGAAACUAGUCUUAUCAGCUGAAACAUCCUGCAUAAAAGAACGACAGAAAGUGCUUGGUGCAGUGAAACCAAUAGUAGGAGCGUUUGUACCUGAUUGUGAUGAAAAAGGAGAAUACAGACCAAAGCAGUGUCAUGGCAGCACCGGACACUGUUGGUGUGUUUCCAAAGAUGGUAAAGAGAUACAAGGUACAAGAGUUGCACCUGGACAGUCACCCCCUACAUGCCAGGACACAGUCUUAUCAGCUGAAACAUCCUGCAUAAAAGAACGACAGAAAGUGCUUGGUGCAGUGAAACCAAUAUUAGGAGCGUUUGUACCGGAUUGUGAUGAAAAAGGAGAAUACAGACCAAAGCAGUGUCAUGGCAGCACCGGAUACUGUUGGUGUGUUUCCAAAGAUGGUAAAGAGAUACAGGGUACAAGAGCUGCACCUGGGCAGUCACCCCCUACAUGCCAGGACACAGGUGAGAAACUAGUCUUAUCAGCUGAAACAUCCUGCAUAAAAGAACGACAGAAAGUGCUUGGUGCAGUGAAACCAAUAGUAGGAGCGUUUGUACCUGAUUGUGAUGAAAAAGGAGAAUACAGACCAAAGCAGUGUCAUGGCAGCACCGGACACUGUUGGUGUGUUUCCAAAGAUGGUAAAGAGAUACAAGGUACAAGAGUUGCACCUGGACAGUCACCCCCUACAUGCCAGGACACAGUCUUAUCAGCUGAAACAUCCUGCAUAAAAGAACGACAGAAAGUGCUUGGUGCAGUGAAACCAAUAUUAGGAGCGUUUGUACCGGAUUGUGAUGAAAAAGGAGAAUACAGACCAAAGCAGUGUCAUGGCAGCACCGGAUACUGUUGGUGUGUUUCCAAAGAUGGUAAAGAGAUACAGGGUACAAGAGCUGCACCUGGGCAGUCACCCCCUACAUGCCAGGACACAGGUGAGAAACUAGUCUUAUCAGCUGAAACAUCCUGCAUAAAAGAACGACAGAAAGUGCUUGGUGCAGUGAAACCAAUAGUAGGAGCAUUUGUACCGGAUUGUGAUGAAAAAGGAGAAUACAGACCAAAGCAGUGUCAUGGCAGCACCGGACACUGUUGGUGUGUUUCCAAAGAUGGAAAAGAGAUACAGGGUACAAGAGCUGCACCUGGGCAGUCACCCCCUACAUGCGAGGACCGAGUCAUAUCAGCUCAAACAUCCUGCAUAAAAGAACGACAGAAAGUUAUUGGUGCAGUGAAACCAAUAUUAGGAGCGUUUGUACCGGAUUGUGAUGAAAAAGGAGACUACAGACCAAAGCAGUGUCAUGGCAGCACCGGACACUGCUGGUGUGUUUCCAAAGAUGGUAAAGAGAUACAGGGUACAAGAGCUGCACCUGGGCAGUCACCCCCUACUUGCGAGGACCCAGAUCCUGUGACAUGCCAUUAUGCAGUAGCUGUGGUGAAGAAAUCCAGUACACUACAGUUCAACCAACUAAAGGGCAAGAGAUCUUGUCAUUCUGCGGUGGGAAAGACAGCCGGUUGGAUUGCUCCUUUGUACAAACUCUAUAAGAAGAACUUACUAUUGUGGGAGAAACCUGAAGAAAAAUCUUUUGAAAAAGCCGCUUCAGAGUUCUUCUCAGUCAGCUGUGCCCCAGGAGCCAAAGAGGAAAACUUGUGUAAGCAGUGUGCAGGAAAAGAAGAUAAGUGUAAGCGCAGUCCUGGAGAACUAUACUAUGGGGAUGAAGGAGCACUUAGGUGUUUGAGAGAGGAUAAAGGAGAUGUGGCUUUUUUGGAAGACAUCGCUUUAUCAGGGCAAGACUUGGACAAUUUUGAACUUCUGUGCCCAGACAAUACUAAGAGUCCGCUAAGUGAACAGAAACAUUGUCACUUUGGAAAAGUCCCCAGCCAUGCUGUGGUGACAAGAAGCACUGGAGACAAGAGUAAAGAUAUCAUUGAGUAUCUUCUUGAAGCUCAGAAAAAAGGCUGCAAACUAUUCAGCUCCACUCAUGGAAAAGAUUUGAUGUUUGAACACACUACAACAAAUGUGAUUGCUCUUCCAUCAGCAAUGAACACUUUUCUGUUUUUGGGACCAGAAUUGUUUGAUGCCAUGAAAACACUGCACGGAACACCUCUUCCAUCCAAGAACGAAGUGCGCUGGUGCACCCAAAACCAGAACGAGAAGACCAAAUGUGAUGACUGGUCCUCAGUAAGUGGUGGUGCUAUUAAAUGCACAGAGCCAUCUUCUGUACAGCAGUGCAUUGAGAAAAUUCUGAAACAUGAAGCUGAUGCAGUAACUCUGAGUGCAGAACACAUGUAUACAGCACUGAAAUGUGGACUGGUUCCAGCAGUUGAUGAGUACCACAAUAAAGAUGACUUCGCUCCAUGCAGGACGCUUGGAGACAUAUAUACAGAUUUUGGCACACCCAGGGCCGUAGCCUUAGUAAAGAAGAGCAACAAAGACAUCACAUGGAACAAUCUUAAAGGCAAAAAGUCCUGUCACACUGGUGUUGGUCACAUGGCUGGAUGGGUCAUACCUCUGAGCCUAAUUAGUAAGCAGACUAACAAUUGUGACUUGGGGUCCUACUUCAGUCAGAGCUGUGCUCCUGGAUCAGCCAUUGAUUCCAAUCUCUGCAAACUGUGUAUUGGGGAUCCACAAAACACCAAAGCACAAACACAAUGCUCCCCAAGUGACAAAGAGGCUUAUUACGACAGUGCAGGGGCCAUCAGGUGUCUAGUGGAGAAAGGAGAUGUGGCUUUUUUGCCUCACACUGCUGUAUUUGAAAACACAGAUGGUAAUAAUCCUGCACUUUGGGCAAAAGAUUUAAAAUCAACAGAUUUUGAGUUAUUAUGUCCUGAUGGCUCUCGAGCCCCUGUCACUGACUACAAAAACUGCAAACUUUUAAGUAUCUCCUCUCCAUCUGUCGUUACCCGGGAGGAGAGCGUCAGUGAUGUUGUAAGAAUUGUUCUUAGUCAACAAUCUCUCUUUGGGCGGAAAGGAUUCGAGAAGGACAUGUUUCAGAUGUUUUCUUCAAGUAAUGGCAAAAACCUACUCUUCAGUGAUGGCACACAAUGCUUGUUAGAAUUUGACAGGAUAAUCGGAAGAGACAUUAUGGAAGAUUAUUUUGGCAAACCGUUUCACACAGCUGUGCACAGAGAUAACCAAUGCUUACCAACAUCAGAAUUGGCCUCUGCUUGUGCAUUUCAUCACUGCUGACAAGACUUAGUAAUGGAGACUUUGUCAUCGAGCUGCUGUCAUUCUUUUACUUUUAAGUGUUUUCAUUCUCCAUCUUACAAAUGUCAGUUUUUCCAAUAAAUAUUUGGAAUUUA